AAAAAACAAAAAAAAAAACAAUAAAAAAACAAAACGCUAAAUGACGGUUGACAGUUUCUAAUGUGUGUCACUUCUGUGUAGCUGCUGAUAGCUGUUAGCAGCGCUGCUUUAGCUGAGGGACCGUUACAUGCUAAAUGCUAACUGGUGUUAGCUCACCUUGCAGUUACGUGUUUGCACCUGCUGUCCACCUCACGCCUGACAAUCUCGGCUGUAGAUGUUGUAUUUUAUUAUGUAACCGUGUUAAGGUUAGCUAAUGCACGUUAGCUUGUCUCUGAAUACAGUUAGGUCGUGGACAGAUAAGCCCGUUAUGUGGGUUUUUGAUCUAAUUUGGUCUAACUGCAGAAAAAGCAGUGAAAUGUGCCCCCUUUUUCUGCGUUUUCACAAAUAGGUCAAAUGUUUCACAAAUCAGAGUCAGUGUUUUGAAGAAUCUUCAGCCUCUCUGAGACAAUCGAGUCCAGGUUUGACAAGUCUAGGUACAGGGUUUUUUUUAUCUGGACCUGAUCCAAUGUGGUCUAAUGAUUUAUUUCUUAUAUGGGUCAAAAUAAUUAGUAUGUCGUGUUAAUUGACGGUGUUAAAUUGUCUAUUUCAGAACGGUUUAAAAGCUAAUUUAUGGAGCACUUUUCAAGCACAAAUGCAGAUUGAAGUGCUGUACGUGAGCGUUUAAAGAGCAACACAGAGACAGAAAAGUAAGAAAUCAGUACAAAGUUUAAAAAUCACAAUACGAAAAGAAAAACCUGACUGUAUCCAACACUGCAGCACUGCAGGUUGUCAGGUGGGAUGUUGGAAAAACAAUCAUGUCACUUGGUUCCCAGCUGCGGGGAGUAUUUCAUGAUUUGACACUUGUGUUAGUACAGUUUCAUCUUACACAGUUUAUCCUCUUAUCGCCGCAGUCUAGUAAUAGGUUUAGUGUUUCCCUCUGUCAGUCAAAUCUUUUAGUGAUGAUUCAAACACACAGCUGCUUGUAAUUUGGAAUGUAAAUUAGAUUGUGCUGCUGCUGCUGCUGCACUCACUGUCAAUGAGUCUAAUCAAGACAUUUAGUGCUUGAGGAAUCUUAAAGGAAUAAAGGACUCUUUCUCGUUUGAUUGAUGAGGUCUUUGAAAGGAAGUGCUGUUGCCAAUAUUCCUCUCCACGCUUCAUUUCAGAUCUUGUGCCUUGUGCUUUUUCUCGGAGUGUGUCUGCUCCUUCUUUAAAAACUCCUUCCUCACAGUGACCUUGCCUUGGCCCACGAGAAGACAAAGCCAUGGGGAACACGAGCAGUGAGAGGGCUGCGAUGGGCCAUGGCGAGAAGGCUCACCGGAGGGACAGCCGAGGAAUGAAGGAGGGAGAGAGGCCAAAGAUCCUGAUGGACAGUCCCGAAGAUGCUGAUAUAUUUCAUGGUGAAGAUAUGAAAGCUCCUUUAGAGAAAGAUGAGUUUCUUGCAUGGCAGCAAGACUUAGAAGCUGACGAUAAAGUGCCAACUUUAGACCGACCGACCGUCUUUCGCUGGAUUGGAGAUGGUAAGGAGGUCUACCUCUCUGGAUCCUUCAACAACUGGGCCAACAAGAUUCCCCUUACUCGAAGUCAGAACACCUUUGUGGCCAUCGUGGAUCUGCCUGAGGGGGAGCAUCAGUACAAGUUUUAUGUGGACGGCCAGUGGACCCAUGACCCAGCUGAGCCGAUCACCACCAGUCAGCUCGGCACCGUCAACAACAUCAUCCAGGUGAAGAAAACCGACUUUGAGGUGUUUGAUGCUCUGAUGGUGGACUCGCAGAAAUGCUCUGACAUGUCAGACCUCUCCAGUUCUCCUCCUGGACCUUAUCAUCAGGACGCCUAUGUUCCAAAACAGGAGGAGAAGUUUAAGUCUCCGCCCAUACUCCCGCCACAUUUGCUGCAGGUCAUCCUCAACAAAGACACCGGGAUUUCUUGUGACCCAGCUUUACUCCCAGAACCCAACCAUGUCAUGCUCAACCACCUCUACGCUCUCUCCAUUAAGGACGGCGUGAUGGUGCUCAGUGCGACACAUCGCUACAAGAAGAAGUAUGUCACCACUUUGCUGUACAAGCCUAUAUAAGACUUGGAUGAAUUCUGUCCCAGUGUGUUAACUGUACACAGAGUGUACAAAAUAUUAGCUCCGCCUGUUCUCAAAUCAAAUGAAUCCGGACUCGUAUCCGUCAUGAUCCUGAUAAAUCCUCGUCCUGGCUUGAAGAAGUGACUCUGAAUGAGGUUGAUGAAAGAGAUUCAAGGUUAAAAACAAUGUUCAAGAUCUUGGAAGCUCUUAAUCCAAGUUUAUAUUCUUCCUAAAAAUAAAACAAAUGUUGCCGCCUUAGAUUAAAGAACACCUAUAGACUUUAUUUUUGAAUGCGGAACUAACUAAGGCUCCGACAAUGUCGUCCAAACACAUGUCAAAAAAAUGACAUGUCAGAGGAGGAAACUACAGAGAGAGAGAACAUUGACUGGAAACACACAGAUCUGACGCGAUAUCUCGUACACUCACUGUUUGCUCUGCUGUUGUAUACGUACGUACUUGCUCAGUUCCUCGUGUUCUUCAUCCUCUGCCUUUACUCCUGCACUGACUGCUCUCUGUAGUAAGCAGUAGUUUAUAUUAUUAUAAUAACAAUAAUAAUAGGUAAUAAGCUCAGUAGACAUAGCGUGGCAUUAUUGAGCAGGUAGGACACUGUGUCUAUAUUUAAAACACUCCCACACACACAGUGCUGGGGGAAUGGACUGACAGACCUCAGCCGAAUGUGACUGCCGCUGUGUUUCCUCGCGGCCGCGGAGACGACAGCGGCACGAUCGAGAAUGUGAAUCGCAGAAGGAAAAAACUGCAUUAGUUCUGUCACUGUUUUCUAUUUAACCUGUUCAUCUUUACAUAGUUAAGCAGAUGACUUUAUUUAUUAUCAUGUGUGAAGAAUCUUUAGUUUUUUUUUAUUUCUUUCUACUCUGGUUCAUAGUGUGGUUUGUUUUGUCGCCAAAACGUCUCGUCAUGGUAUUUACAGUUGUGGUUUUUACCAUUUCAGUUGCUAGCUGUCUUAGCAAAAAAAAAAAAGUAGGACUAAGGCCGGAGAUAAUAGCUCUUAAAGUUUAAAAUAAAAAGUGAAAAAUAUACGGCCAAGACGUGCAUCAGACUGUCUAAAGCAAUUACUGCUUGAUCCAGCAGAGGGCGCUGUGAGUGACAGCCCUCAGAUGUGAGACUUCCCUACAGACAAAAUGAAUUAAUCACUUUUUUGUCUCUAGCGUACGGAGGCCACCGUAGUUCCCUGACCAUGCUUUAUUAUACAUAUGCAGUUUCACCAUUAGAUGUCACUAAUGCUCACGCACUGUACCUUUAACUCCACCACACGACAUGGCUGCCUUGCAUUGGUGUGUGUGUGCACGCAUGUCCUCAGAAAGACAUUUAACGUGUCCACAAAAUGCAAUACUGUCAUAAACAGUAGGGGCAGCAUUGAGGGGGCAUUAACGAGUCAUGACUGUUUGUGUGUUUGUUUUUUUAUUGUUUGAGUCAUUUCUAAACUUAAAGAACACAAGAUUCAUUUACAUACGGCAAGUACAUCAUUUGGGUUUUGUGGGGGUGCCCCCUAGUGGAAGAAGUGCUGUGCUUACUGAGGACUCUUGACCACACAGCAAGUACAUUAAAAUAAUUGUUAGUUUUGUACUUUUUUGUUGUUGAAUGUAAACACAGUCGUCGUGUAAAAACCACUGAUGCUUUGAUGCUUUGACUGAUCUUGUACACUUUAAGCGCAGAAUCAUUCCAGAGCCUGGUUUGUAUUCGCAGAAACCGCUUCAACAUUGUCACCAGCAAAAAUAGUUGUGGCGACCCCCGAAAGAACGGGGAGGAGGCGUCGCUGACGGCUCACGUCAUCAAUAUCAUCACGAUUCAUCCGUUACUAAUCGAUUUCUGAAUGAAUCGUCGGCUAUUCUGACAAUCUGCGUAAUCGGAGUGUCUUUCAUAACAAUUGAAGCGCUCUCAGUUUUGAGCGUCUUAAAAGUGGAGAUUUUCUGGUUUCUUUGCUCCACGUAACAGAAAUGAUUAGAACUGAAUAUUGAGAACAUCAUCAUUUUGAGGUUUGUCAUCGAUGUGUACACUCCCAUUCCCUACUUUGUCAAAUAAAUAUCAAUUUUUGGUUUUUAA